AUGGGCCGUUCAAGAUCAAGAAGUAAGUCGCCGCGGCGGCACCAUAAAAGUAGCAAACAUUCUAGGAAGAAGAGUCGUUCUAAGGACCGUUCUACAUCGAGAAGUAGAAGUUCCAAACUUAUUGAAAAAUCUAGAGAACGUAGUUCUAAAUCAAGAAAAAGAUCGCAUUCCAUGUCGUCUUCCACAAGCAGUGACGCUUCAUAUGAUGGCAGUAGAAGUCACAGGAAGAAGUCUAAGGGACGUAGCAAAAUGGACGAGGUCGACAGAUUAGCUGAAAUGGAAAGACAGAGACGCGUAAGAGAAGCAGAACAGAAAGUGGUGGAAGAAGAAGCAGCAAAAAGAAUAGAGCUGUUGGUGAAGAAAAGAGUAGAAGAGGAAUUAGAAAAAAGAAAAGAGGAAAUUGAACAAGAAGUGGCUAAACGAGUUGAAGAAGCCAAACGCAAGAUGGAGAAAGAAAUGAUGGAAGAACUGGAGAGACAGCGGGAACAACAGCGGCGCGAGGAGCUUGCUAGACAGGAGGAAGAAGCACGUAAAAGGAAAGAGUUGGAAGAAAUCAUGGCAGAAAAUAAUAAAAAGAUUGAAGAGGCUCAGCGGAAGCUGGCUGAGGAGAGGUUAGCCAUGAUAGAAGAACAAAGAAAAAUGGAUGAAGAGAGGCAGAAACUGAAAAAAGAACAAGAAAAAAGAAUAAAAGAGGAACAGAGGAAAAUAUUAGGCAAAAAUAAUUCAAGGCCUAAACUUUCUUUUUCAUUGAACACACUGUCAUGA